ACCCGGUGUGUCCUGGGUGUGUUGCUCCCUGUGCGGGGAGCAGUGACCACGCUGCUGGGAGCACAGUUGCUUGGGAGAACGACGACAGCAGGCGCAGGGGCCCCAGGAGGGCCCAGCGUCCUUCCUGAGAGUCAGGGCCAGGCAUGGCUGGCGCAGAGCACUGCCCCUGCCCUACGGGUAAUGCAGUGUAGCAAAAGUCCAGCAGCCCUUCCCCAGGGAUGCCCUGGGCUCAGGGCUGCUCUUCUCCCUCCUUCUCUCUGGGCCUGCUGCCAGGCACCGAACCUGGCUGUGCUCCCCUGCUCACGGCCUCCCCAGGCUGCAGCAGGGACAAUCCUGCUGUAACCAGGCUGCCGGAGCUGGAAACCGAAGCUGCUGGGGGGAGGCAGGGACUGGCUGCCUCCUCUCCCAGCUGCCAGCCUGCUGCGUGCUCCUAGCAGGUGUUGGAGGCACGGGACGCUGCCAUGCUCGACACCCCAGGGCGGUGCUGACUCAGGGCCACUGGCUGGUCUUCUGCCUGUGCUUACCCCGGCAGGGCCUGCCCAGCGGGUCAGAGUGGCUCUGGGUGAAGCUGGUGCAGGAUACUGGGACGUGGGGGUGGACCAUGGGCCCCUCCCUUAGCUGCAGCCUGGCUCAGUCUUUCCAUCUGCAAAAGGGGGAGAGUGACACCCCUUUGCAGUGUGGAAACAACCCCUUCUCCCUCCACCUUGUGCCUCGAUUUCCCCCCUGCACUUCCCGGAGCCUCCCCUGGGGGGCGCCGCAGCCCUCCUCCCCGCUGGCCUCAUUCAUAUUUAUCAGUACGGGGCCUGAGCAAGACCCGCCCCCCUUGGGGAGGAUGUGGCUGUCCCACCUCCCGCCCCUGGGGGGCGGGGCUGGCCGCCUCGCCGCGCGCCUCCGCCAAUGGGAGACGAGCCUCCUCAUUAGCCUUGCAAAGUGUGCGGGGGGCGCGGCGGGAGGGCGGCGUGCGCGGGCAGUCGCGCGGGGCGGGCGGCGGCGGCGGGUCCGGGCCGGCGGGGGCCCCGCCAUGGCCGUGUGGACCCGCGCCUCCAAGGCGGGGCUGCUGGAGCUGCUGCUGCGGGAGCGCUGGGUGCGGGUGGUGGCCGAGCUGAGCGGCGAGGCGCUCACCCUCACGUCGGAGCCGGCCGAGCCGCCCGGGGAGCCCGCGCUGCCCAAUGGUGCUGGGCCGGGCGAGUCGCCGGGCAGCCCCGGGUCGGGCGUGCGGCGCGUGCGGGUGCUGAAGGCCGAGGCGGGCGGGCUGGGCAUCAGCAUCAAGGGCGGGCGCGAGAACCGCAUGCCCGUGCUCAUCUCCCGCAUCUUCCCCGGGCUGGCGGCUGAGCGCUGCGGGGCGCUGCGCCUGGGCGACGCCAUCCUGGCCGUCAACGGCCUCGACCUGCGCGACGCCACCCACGACCAGGCCGUGCAGGCGCUCAAGCGGGCCGGCCGCGACGUGCUGCUCGAAGUGAAGUACAUGCAGGAGGUGACCCCCUACAUCAAGAGGCCAUCGCUGGUAUCGGACUUGCCCUGGGACGGGGCCGCCCCCCAGUCCCCGAGCCUGAGUGGCAGCGAGGACUCGGGCUCCCCCCAGCACCACACCGGUGCCCGGGACCGCAAGGUGAUCCCCCUCAAGAUGUGCUACAUAGCUCGAAACCUGAGCAUGCCCGACCUGGAGAACAGGCUGAUCGAGCUGCACUCCCCAGACAGCCGCAACACGCUGAUCCUCCGCUGCAAGGACACGGCCACGGCCCACGCCUGGUUCACAGCCAUCCAUGCCAACAUCGCGGCACUCUUGCCGCAGGUCCUGGCCGAGCUCAACGCCACGCUGGGUACCAGCAACGCUACGGGCAGCAGCAAGGAGGUCAAGCAUGUCGCCUGGCUGGCAGAGCAGGCCAGGCUGGACGGGGGAAGGCAGCAGUGGCGGCCAGUCCUCAUGGCCAUGACAGAGAAGGACCUGCUGCUCUACGACUCCAUGCCAUGGACCAGAGAUGCCUGGGCAUCGCCGUGCCACAGCUACCCCCUCUUGGCCACCAGGCUGGUUCACUCUGGCUCAGGGCGCCGGUCUCCGUGCCUCGGCUCCGAGCUCACCUUUGCCACGCGGACGGGCUCUCGUCAGGGCAUCGAGAUGCACGUCUUCCGGGUGGAGACGCAUCGGGACCUCUCAUCCUGGACCCGGGUCCUGGUGCAAGGCUGCCACGCUGCCGCUGAGCUCAUCAAGGAGGUGGUCCUAGGCUGCACGCUGAACGGCCAGGAGGCGAAGCUCACGAUUCACUACGAGAGCGGCUUCACCAUCUCCGAAGAGGAGGCAGGUGCCAGCAGCGUCCUCUUCCGCUACCCCUACGAGAGGCUGAGGAUGUCUGCGGACGACGGCAUCAGGAACCUCUACCUGGACUUCGGCGGCCCCGAAGGGGAGCUGACUCUGGACCUGCACUCCUGCCCCAAGCCCGUCGUGUUCGUGCUGCACACGUUCCUGUCCGCCAAGGUCACCCGCAUGGGGCUACUCGUGUAGGGGCUGGAGGGCGGCCGGAGCGCCGCGCCCCCCAUCCCCGCAGCGGCAAAGCACAAGCGUUCCCACGUUCUCCCGCAACACUAGUGCCUUGACCAGGCCCCGGGGCUCGCGGCUGAGUGGCAGCCGUGCUCCUGGAGCCGCUGGCUGCCUGCACCGCAGCCCUGCCUUGUUGAGCUGCGCCCCUGCCUGCCCGCGGCUGAGCUCAGGAUGGGGAGGGUCCGACCGCACCUUGCUCAGCCCCUCCACGGACGGUGCUUGGCUGCUCCGAGCCGGGGGCCGCCGGUUUGGCGGGGCGAUGGCAGCAACAGGAGCCGGCUCGAACUAAUCCUCACUGGGGUAUUAAGCCAUUUUUACUGCUUACCAAAUGUGCCUUCGGCCUGGGCGGCGUGGAGCUGUGAGCUGCCUGCCCUGGGGGGUCAUGAUGGGGGGGGGGGGUAAAUGCACAUGAGGGGCUAAGGCAGCUCUUGGGAGUAGGGGGUGUAACCCCCCCCUUGGUGCUUUAACCCCAGGCUGCUUAGCCAGGCCCCGGCAGUCAGGGGAGCAGCGCCGGCUCCUCCCAACACCGCCUGGUCCUGCAGCCAGGUGGAAGCGCUGUGGAUCCGUUUUCCUCGGGAGCUUCCCCUUGCCCGUGAGCCCGGAGGGCAGGGGCCAAACCCAUGCACAUGGUGGGGCCAAGCCUGAGGGCUCUGCUGCCUCUCUUCUCCACCAGCCGGGAGCCAAGCUGCGGCAUAGCAGGGACACUCCCGCACCCACCGUGGAGCCUGCCCCAGCCGGAGGACUGAACAGCACAAAGCAGCGAGGGGCCGGGACUGGGUCUGUCUUCAGCUCAUGCAGCCCUGCGGAGCGCGUGGUGCCCAGGGCUGCUGCUCUGGCCCCCCCGCCCAUUGCCCCCCCAACAUCCUUUGCUUUUCUAACAAAGUCUUACCAGGGUCAGGGCAGCCCCCAGAGUCGGGUUGCGUGAGGGGAGUCCUGGCUGGAGGACGGCACGGGGCUCCGGGUUCGGUGUGGGGCCCAGACAGUCGCGCUGUCCCCCAGAGAACGUGGUGUUUGGAAAGCUGGUGUUGCUGUGGGCAAAUGGGCAUCUCUCUCCCAUGCCCCCCUUGCUCUGCCAGCACUGACUGAGCUGCUAUGCACAUGCUGCUGGGCCUGGCUGCUCUCAAGGGGUGGAAGCGUGCUGGGGGCUUCCAGGGAAGGGCCGAGAGCCUGGAGCACGUUGUCUGCGGUUCGCGCCUGGCCUUGGGGACAGCUGCGACUGUAGGCACUGUGCCGCUAGCUGCCCCUGGGUGCGGUUCAUCCUGCCCAGUGCGGGCAGCAGUGGGUGAGGGCGAGCGGUCACUAGCAAAGCCCUGGAUGGGGCGGCAGUGGUGGGGUCAGCCCAGAAGUGCCUGUGGGUUGGGCUGGCUGGUGGCUCCUCACCCGGGCAGCAGGGCCCCCAGGUCUCACUGCUGGGCCGUAGGCCGUCGGGACGCUCGGACCACCCGCUCCCACAGCCGGGGCAUCUGGCACCUGCCUGGCAGCAGAGGGUCCUGCACAGAGGGCAGUCGGGGGACCUGCGGGGGGGAGGCAGUGCCAGGGGCACUGCACCCCCCUCCGCGACCCUGCCCCGAGGUUGGACAAGCGCCUUCCUCCUCUUGUCCCAGCUGUGGCUCCUCACCUGUUUGCCAGGACCCUUGUGUUCAGCCCCAAGCUGCUCUCUGCAUGGCCCUGGGAGCACUGGGGCUGCCUUGGCCCCACUGAACCCACGGCCCCGUGGACGGGCAGCCCCGCGCUGACCCAGCCAGGGCAGGGGGCUCGUUUGCACGCUGCCCUGUUCUCUCCUGGGCUCUUAAUUGCCCCACACAUGCCCCCUGGGAGCACUGAGCCUCGCGCCAGUCCAGCCACUCAGGUCCUCUUAGCUUUGAAGGUGUCUAAUGCUUUACCACCGUACUGAAAGGGCUGUUCUUCGGCUUCCUUUUCCGAGGCCUUCCCCGUGCCCUCACCACCAGCUUUAUCCGGUUGGUGCACCUGCCCUGUGCCUUGAGCAGCAUCUGUGCCCAGCGGAGCAGGCGGCUUUCCCAGAGCCCGUGCAGGCGACGCGCUUGCUCCUGCGCGGCCUCUCCUUGCAGGGAGCGGGAUGGAAGCACGAAAUCCCAGCUCUGCCUCCUCCCCGUCACCUCUGGGACGCUGGGAACUAGGAGACGUCUCUGCUAGGGCCUCUCCGGAGCCUGAAGGAAAUGCGCUAGUAGGGCACAGCCCCUGCUGGUCAGGGACGCAGGGGAGGAGGGGGAAUGCCCUGUGCUCGGCUUGUCGCUGUCCUGGUGGGUAUCUUCAGUGCAAGCCUCUCGGGCGAACGAUGCUGUGGUCACUAACACCUGUGGCCGGUACAGGGGCUUGCCUGCUGGGGGGGGAUGCAUGGCUGACCUUUCCCAAGCCAGAGGGGCCUAAGGUCACCCAGAGCCAGUUCAUUUAGGUGGUCCGCCAGCAGGAUGACGCCCUUUGCAAAAUGUCUUGUGCAAAGCUCGUCUGCCGUGCCGCGGGCAGCAGGGCUCCGGCCGCGGCUGGCUGCACCGCGCCAAAUACGAAGCAAUAAAGAACAGGACGGUGGAGCUCGCCGAAGCAAGCGCCGCCUGGGCAGGGUCACGCUUUGGGUGCGCACGGACCCUGGGCGCAGAACUGCUCGCGGACCCGCAGCUGCUGCGGUACUAAGUGCCCGACAACGAAACCGCUCGUUUGCCUCCGUGCCAUGGGACAAUGUGCGCGCACUUCUCACCCGACCCCAUCCACGCCCAGGCGUGUGAACAGGAGCCGGGGGAGGCGGCUGCGGGGCUGUUUCUGACCCCUCUGUCUUCCUGUCCCUUCCCCUCGGCCCCGCCGUGCUAGCGGGGCGCCCUGUGCCCAUAGCAUGGCCGGCCGGGAACCAGCCAUCGCGGCGCAGCAGUGUUAAGGGUGAAUGUCGGAGAAAGCCCCCGAGGCCCCGGUGCCAAAGACGAGACCCCGAUGGGUGCAGGAGGCCCCGGGUGCCCUGGGGAGCAGCUUGCACAGGACCACUACAGAUAUUCACUUGUGCAAAAUGCGCUGCUCGACGGCAGCAAGGCGCGGGCUGCCUCGUCCUGCCAGGCCGUCCCGGCUGCUCUAUUUUUGUACCCUUUCUAAGCCGCUAUUUAUACCAGACUUCUCCCCCUCGAGGUUUUGAAUCUCAGCCUUUCGGGACGUCCAGGUUACCAAAUCCAGACCCCCCAGCCAGGCAGGGCAGGGCAGGCCGGUCCGCGGUCGUUACACGCCGAACAAAAGCUUUACGUGUACUCCAGAAAUGCAGCUCGGAGGCACCUCUCGGCCGGCGCGGGGCCUGUGUUGUAUUGUCCGUAGCAAUGCCAGCGGGACCGGGGCCGAGCUGAACCUUUCUGUUGUAAAUACCAAUAAAGGUCGGUGCCUUUA